GAUGGUAAGUGAUGUUUUUGUGUUGAUUAUUCCAUCAGAGUUGAAACACAAGCAACACUGGUAGUCCCUUGAUAUGCACACCAGGAUCUUAUUUUUUGUUUUUUCUUUGUAAUUUCCUAACAUUGUGAGAAGUUCUUUUUUAGUAAUGCGCAAUCGGGUUCAGUGUUGCACAGCUUAUAUCAAAAAUAAAGCAUAGCUUGUAUUGAGUAAAGUUCCCACUAUACUGUUCAAUCUCGACCACAACACUGGUUAGAUGACUAAACUGAUUAACUUGUACAGGGUCACAGUUCAGAUAUCUCCUGCAGUAAAGGAACGUUUCAUAUGUUUGCAUGUAAAGGCCAUUAGACCCAAUAAUAUUUUGAUAAGUGAGAUUUUAGCAUAUGUUUACAUUCAAACAUCCUUGAUGUUUGGGCUAGAUUUCCCCAUCAGACACCUGGCUGGCUUGUGUUGGGUGAACUUUAAAAAUGGUGGAUAAAACCUGAUUCUGGUCUGUGGGUACUCAUUGCUUGCAACUUCAAUUGUAAUGCAAUAAGAAUGAGCCCGUAUUCAGCUGUAUUGAUGUUGCUAACUCCAUUUCAGAUUCAGGCUUUUCAGAACCACCGAGAAUUUUCAUGGAAUCAAGGCUGGCUUUCUGAGGUGCUUUGAUUAUCACCAGUUCAGAGGUAUUGUGAACCUUGGAGGAUUCCUGAUUUGGAGGCUGGAAAUAAUUGACAGGUUUCCGAGGGAAGAGUGACCAUAACAUGAUAAAACUUUUCGUUGGAUGAACAAGGGUCUUAUUUCUAAACAAAGGAUAUUAUGAAGGGAUCAAAACAAAAGAAAGGAUUCCGAGAAUCGAUUGAUGAUGUAUUAGAUGACCUCCUUGGAGAAGAUGAUGGAUCUCCCAGUAAACCUACUUUACCAACUACAAAGUCAGGGAGGAACCUCAAGACACCCAUCACCACAUCAUCCAGCACCAGCAAAAAGCCACUGCUGGAUGAUGACUUCUUCAGUAAAUUGGAACAGGAUGUCAAUAAGGACAAUGAGGAAUCCGAGGUUUCAGAUGCUGAUCCUCAGGCUUUGUUAGACACUAUGAAGGAUAUUGAUGACAUGGAUGCCGAUCUCUUUGGGAAAAGGAAGAAGCUGCAUUCUGUGAGAAAUCAACCCACGGGAAAGACUGCUGGGAUGGAAAGUUCCUCAUUAGAAUCCACCAGAAUUGCACACAAACCAGAAGCAGCAAAAGGCAAUGUGGCUGGUGAGGAUGAGGAACUUCGCUCUGCCCCUCCAACCUCUAGGCGCCAGUACAAGAAGUUCACAUUUGAUGAUAUAGAUGAUCCGUUAGCAGGAAUUUUAACAGAUGAAGAUGAGUCAAAUAAACCAAAGAAAGUGGCGGUAUCUGGACAAAAACUCGGCCCCUUAAAGGUUGAUCUUCAGCCACAGAAAGAGGAGAAAGCGCCCUCCAGUUCUGCUUCUGUUUCAACUGUAACCACAUCAAAGAAGAAGGAUGAAUUGUUCUUCGACGAUGAAGGAGAUGAUUUUAUUGAUGCACUUGGAUUUGGUGACAGUCCAAAAAUACACAAGGCAGAGCAAAAACUGGAGGAUGAGACACCACGCCCUGCUCGCACAAAGAUGGAUGAACUAUUGGGGAGGGGAACAGCUAAGAAACUCCUUGAACGACCUACAACUGGAGAAAGAAAAGAAUUUAAACUAGAUCCAAAAUACAGAAAAACACAAGAAAAAGAAGACUUACAGGAUGACUUCACCUUUGGUUCCUACCAGCCCACGGUGGCCACAACCCCAGAAGAUCGUCAGUCCAGACGUCAGUCAGUGAGAUUUAGCCCUGAUGGUGAUCAAAAUUCAGUUAUUGAUCAGAAGUCCAAAGAGAUCACACCGACACAAACAACCCCAACAUCAGCCCGUGGAAGCAAAGGGGCUGCCGAUUGGCUGGGGCUGAAAGAUGAUGUCACUCCAGAUCUAGAUAAUCAAGUGCCAAUCAAAGAUGGGCAGAAAGGAAUGUUCUACAAAGCAAAGUCUGAUUCAAAUCUUCCAGCCAGUCACAACCAGAGCAAGAGGCCUUACUCAGCUGACCGUCCCCCAACUACAUCAAAACCGAAUGACAACGCACUGGUCAGAUCUGCACCAUCCACAUCAAAAACAAACUUCUCUGGUGCGGAAGAAGACGAUUGGCUGAAGGAGGCAUUAGCUCGAAAAAAGUCUCAAACCACAGAAUCACAUGCACUGGCAUCAAGUAAUGAAAUUGAUGUGGCGACAGGCUCAUGUAAAAAGAGUGGAUCACCUGGUGCACAUGAGCCAUCCGUAAUUGCCAUGGUAAAGGAACCUGCAACUGAGAUUAAUGCUGUGGAAUCUAGGGACACUAGCUCCCCAUUUCCAUGGGAGAAUGCACGCAAACAGGCUGCUCCUCCACGUGUGAUCCACACAUUGAAAAGCUUGGGUAAUAUCGAAAUGGCAGAUGUGGCCGCACCUUCACAAGUUCAGAAGGAUGAUCAAUUUUCCGCUUUACAGUUAUCCCUCUCCACUGAUCAACUGCAGAAGUUGCUUCAGUUGCAGCUGCUUCAAUCAGUUUCUGGAGGACGAGAUGUUGCCAUGGAUCUGCCAAAAGCUAUGGAGCUGGAGAGCAGGCUGACAGCUGUGCAGAAACAGCUGAAGAGCGCGGAAACUGAACAACAGACAGCCCUGCAGACUAAUGAGGUCAAAAUCAUUGAGCUGGAGAGUAAGGUGCGAAAACUGGAACUGGAGCGAGAACAACAACGAAUUCUACUGGAGAGCCUCCAGCAGCAGCACAAUAAUGACUUGGAGCUGAUUGAGAAUGCACACAGAAACCGCUUGAAGGUAAUUGAAGAAUCUUAUCAGCAGCGCGAGUCUAGACUUCAAGAAGAGAACCGAAUUCUCUCUGAGCAGUCUGUAGCCCGGCAACUGAGCUUGGAUCGGGAGAGGUCAGAGCUGAUUGCCCGGUACCAGCGCAAACUCACUGAGUUUGAGGAAGAGAAGGCCAAGGAGAAGGAGCGACUCAGGGAACUUCAACGUCAGUCGAUCCUGGACAUGCGAAAGGAACACGAGGAGCAGCUGCUGUACGUAAAACAAUUGAAGGAACAAGAGAUCGAUGCGGUGACCAGUGCUUCCUCACAUACAAGGUCACUCAGUAAUAUCAUUGAACAGAUGGCGGUCUUUUCUUCAAAGCUGAAUGAUCUGUCCUAUAAAGUGGAAAGCACUCAUCAGAGCACAUCCCAUGAGAUGGAGAUCAACGCAAGGCAACGAGAGGAGCAGCAGCGAGCACAACAGGACAGACUGAUGCGGCAGCAGAGGGACCUGGAGGAGGAGAGAGCUCGCCUGCAGGAUGUUAUCACCAAGAUGGAGAUCAGAUUGAAUGAACAAACACGACUCCUUGAGAAGGAGCGCUGGCGGGCAACAGCUGAACAAACCAAAGUGGAGUCAGUGCAGAGGUCCCUCGAGGAGGAACGCAGAAUUAUGAACCAGCAUUUCACCAUAGAGCGGGAGGAGCUGGAGAGGGCAAAGAAUGCUUUGCUGGAGGAGCAGCAGUCAGUGAUGCAGCGCUGUGCAGAGGAACGUCGAAGACUGGCAAGUGAGUGGGCAGAGUUUCACACACAACAGAAACUGAAUAGUGAGCGGAUAGAGCGAGGUGCCAACCGUUCCCUCCAGCUCAAUGCACAGCAGGAAGGAGCAGUCUUCACUCUGGCAAAAGAACAAGCCGAGCUGAAGGUGAAAGCUGCUGAACUGAAAUCAAAAGGGGAACAGUUAGCUCGAGAACAGGAGAUUCUAAAUCAAGAACGUCAUGAACUGCAAUUGGAAAAGGAGAGUGUCAAUGCCAUGGCAAUCCGCAUCAAGCAGAGGGCUGAAGAAGUUGAGGGCAUGAGUAAGCUUGCCUCUCAGAAAUAUCAGGAAGGCGAACAAAAACUUACGGAGGCGAAACAGGUGGAGUCUGAGCACCAGGCACGGCUGCAUACUAUCCAAAAACAUACAGAGAGACUACAGCAGCAGGAGCAGCAGCUGUACCAGGAGCGACUGAGUGUAGCCCAGCAACAACAAUAUCCACACAAACUUGUAAUGGGAAUGCCCAUCAGCACAAUAGCAUCACAUAUCAGAAAUCAGCCAGUGACCUUUGCCAAUCAGACAUAUCUUGCUCCAGUAAUUAGUAAUGCUCAGCAUGGACCACCUGGGAAUUCUCGAUUGAGUAGCAAAGUUGAAACAGCUGUACCUCCAGAGUUGGAGGCCAAACUUGCAAUUUUCAGACAUGCUGCUAAAAAGGACCAUGACUUCCUUGAAGAUGAACAGUUCUUCCUGGAGACACUAAAGAAAGCUCCAUAUAAUAAAACUUCCCAAAGAGUAUAAGACCACAGUUUUUAGGGAAUUCUAAAACUACUAUAUAAAUACCUUUGCACAUCAUCAGUAUAUGUAACGAUUGUAUUUUUUUUAAAUACAGUGUAUAAACUUUGCUAUUUUUAUAAUAAUCUUUGCAGGAAAUAGAGCCAGUUACAGAAGUAAGUCAUUUUGUUUGUGUGCCAUCCUCCGGACAAUUUCAGUUGUAAAUACUUUCAAUUACAUCUGCUGGUACAGUUACUGCUGAUUCUUUGGGAGAUGUCUAGACACACCAGUAAGAGCAUGUGAUUGCGUCCCACUUACUGUUCCUCCAGUCUUGGAUGUGGUUUAAACUGAUGUACCCAUAAUCUGAAGGGUCUUGACCCGAAAUGUCAGCUCUCCUGCUCCUCUGAUGCUGCUUGGCCUGCUAUGUUCAUCCAGCUUCACACCAUGUUAUCUCAGAUUCUCCAGCAUCGACAGCUCCUCUUAUCUCUACCCAUAAUUACAACUUUCCAUACCUAAGGGCUGAAACCCUGCCUCUGUACACAUCCACAAAUUAUAAUUGACAAUCUGAAUUUUCAUUUAAAAGAAAUGCCCUUCUGGGCCAGGAUAAAACGGGUACAGAAACAGAAAUUGCUGGAGAAACUCAGCAGGUCUGGCAGCAUCUGUGGAGAGAAAGCAGAGUUAACAUUUCUGGUCCAGUGACCCUCCUUCAGAAUGCUGAGUGUGUGUUAUUAUCCUCACUGAAGAAUAGUCUGUGUUCACAUCGGAAGAAAUUCUUUUUCAUCCACUCUUCCUUUGUCAUCCUAAAGGACAGGAAAUGUUAGACUCAACCACGUAUGUUGAUAGAGAGUGGUUUUCAUUCAAGAAGAUCCAGUCUUGUUAACCUUCCUUUACUUUUCAGGAUUUUAUAUUUCACUGGGAAAAAAUUAUUAAAAUCAGUUAUACAUAGGUAUGUAAUUAAGACAGCAUGUGUAACAUUCAAAUGUAUUUUUGAAAUAAAGACAAGAAACUACUGGAAGUGCAUUUCACAGCUACUGAUGGCAAGCUGUGGUUAAAGUUCUAGAUGAGCCAUGUAUUAGUGUCAGUUUUUGGAGUGUACAGGACUAGGCUCAGAAGUGAUGGCCAGAGCCAAAUUCACGAAUUUAUGAUUAGUUGCUUGGUCAUAUAGAACCUGAAUCCUGCUGAUAAAUGGAAACAUGGCAAAUCUUCCAUUCAACAGGACAGACACGUGCAUGCCUAAUUUCAAAGGAUUACUUAAGUAAUAGUACAGGAGAAAAGAAGGGCUGAUUGUUUGGCAAGUCGACUCUGACUGAGACAUUGCCAUGGAGAACAUAACAGGCGGCACAAGAGUUGAACAUAUUCCAUAGAUUGCAGACAGAACUCCCCUUGUAUGAAUGUGUGUCACAUUAGGGGUCUGCAAAAGCAAUCAGAUUUGGAUUGAUAAAUACAUACAAAAACAUAGAGCAACAGGAGGGCAUAUGGCACCUCAAGCCUAUCAGCCAUUUGGGGGAGAUCAUGGUGGAUCUGAUUGUGGCCUCUGGCCAUUGAUUCACUUGUAAGUCAAGAAUCUAUCUA